CCCCCAUCCGCAACCCGCCCCCAUACAUAUCUACCACAGCCGCGCCGCGCCGACUUCUUGCCCUCUCUCUCCGCGCGCCAUGUGACCGGUCACCAUACGACAUUGAAAACCCGGCAAAACCAUGCUCUCCGGAAUUCCCUUCAAGGGCACCAGUCUGCUCAGCCCGUCAGAUCCGCCUCGCUACCAACCCGGCGACACCGCCGUCGAACCCGAGGAGCCCGAGGAGCCCGCCCUGCAGGAGCUCAACGCCUCCCUGGACCUGCUCACCACCAUCUUCCCGGACGUCCAGGCCGAGGUCUUCCGCGAAAUGUUGACGAGCUUUUCCGAGGAGAGCAGGCUGGAGGUCGUCACCGAAGCGAUGCUAAGACAUCCCGACAAGUGGGUGCGCGGGCGGCGCCGGACGUCGGCGACAGCGGACCAGGACGAGCCAUCUCAGACGGACGCGGACAGAAUGGCUUUGUCGCCGGAGGAUAAGUUUCGCAACAACUCGUACAAGCUCGCGGUCAAGGAGGCCAUGUACCAGGAAUUCAAGGGCCUGAGCCACUCGACCAUCAAGGCCGUGCUGGCUGAGUACAACUACUCGUACACCAGGGCGCGCCCGACGCUGCUGAGCCUGGCCUCCAAGUCAUGGAGGCUGUCCAUCACCAGCUUCUUCACGCGCAGGAAGCCGCCGUCGUCGACGGACCACCCGCUCGUCGUCUGGCGAAAGCCGGAUCCCAAGACGGGCAGGCCAGCCGUGCCCGGGCUAGUCCCAACAAAGAGCACCGAGCUCAACAGAGAGCUCCACGAGACACUCGUCGCGCCCGUCUUGGCCAAGCAGAAGUCGGAGCAGCUGGCGCAGGACCGCGCUCUGGCCGAGGAGCUCAACGACGAGGAAGCCGAGGCCGCGGGCGAAAUGUACGAUUGCGAGUGCUGCUUCACGCCUAGCGCGUUUGAGAACAUGUCGGCGUGCGACACCAACGGCCACUGGAUCUGCUUCCGGUGUAUCCGGUACUCGAUCAGCGAGGCGCUGUUCGGCCAGGGCUGGGCCCGCAGCAUCAACCCGGACCGGCUGACGCUCGUGUGCAUUGCGCCCGUCGCCGACGGCGUGUCCAACUGCCAAGGCUGCCUGCCUCGCUUCUCGAUCGAGCGCGCGUUCGCAGACGACAAGGACGGCGCCGCCACGCUGCGCAAGCUGGAGGAGCGCGCGGCCACCGAAGCCCUGCUCAAGAGCCAGCUGCCGCUGAUCCGCUGCCCGUUCUGCGCCUACGCCGAGGUCGACGACGCGCAGCUAUCCUCACACAGCUGGAAGCUAAAGGCCGGCCCGCUACUGCUCCUCCGCCUACUCCUACUGUCCGCCCUGCUCUCGCCCUUCCUCCGCCACGUCCUCUUCCUCGCCGCCGCUCCCGUCCUCGCCGUCCUCGCCUCCGCCUACCUCUUCCCCUCCCUAGUCCCGCACCUCCCGCUCUCCGCGCGCCUGCUCGCCUCGCGUACCCGCGUCGCCCGCAAGCGCCGCGGCCUCAAGUUCCUAUGCGCCUCCCCGCUCUGCCAGCGCGCCAGCUGCCUCGCCUGCCAGAAGGCGUGGCGCGACCCGCACGCCUGCCACGAAAGCGCGCUGCAAUCGCUGCGCGCACACGUCGAGAACGCCGUCUCCGAAGCCGCCAAGCGCACGUGUCCGCAGUGCAACCUCAGCUUCGUCAAAGGGAGCGGGUGCAACAAACUCACUUGCCCCUGCGGCUACGCCAUGUGCUAUGUGUGUCGCCAGCGCAUCGGGCCCGGCGACGGCUACGCGCAUUUCUGCCAGCAUUUCCGCGAGGCCGGGCGCGGUCGCUGCGCCGAGUGCGAGAAGUGCGAUCUUUGGAAGGAGGGGGAUGAGGAUGCCGUGUUGAGGGAGGUGGCGCUUAGUGCGGAGGAGCAGUGGAGGGGGAGUAAAGAGGGGAAGGGGAAUGAUGGCUCGGCGGGGUUGGGCGGGAGUGGGUUGGGGGGGUUGGGGUUGGGGGGAAAGGGCGGAAAGGCGUGGGGGUUGGGUAUGGGUAUGGGUAUGAGGAUGGGGAUGGGUAAGGCUAGGGCUGGGGAGAUGGUGUUUGUAGGCGGGCGGGGGGAUGAGGGGGAUGCGAUGGUGGGGGAGUGGUUGGAUUGGGCGCUUGAGGGCUUGUUGGCUUAG